CAGGGUAUGCCCCCCCGGCUGCCCCCUCCCCCCCAGCCUGGAGUGACCGCCCCUGGACCCCGCUACCCCGACUCCUGGCUGGCAUGUGAAUAAGGGCGCGAUGAGCAGCAGCGAGGUGGAGAUCGGCGUGUGGGUGGAGGGCGUGCAGAAGUGGGUGACGGGCGUGACGCGGCGCACCACCUGCCACGACCUGAUCAAGGCGCUGCUGCGGGCCCAGCACGGCGGCGGGCGCGCGGACGACGAGGAGGUGAUCCAGUAUGUCAUUGUGGAGCGAUGGAGGAAGGUGGAGCGGCCCCUGGACCAUGAGCAACGCAUCCUGAAGGUGUGGCGGACAUGGGGCGAGGCGGUGAGCGAGGUGCGGUUCUCCCUGCGGCGGGUGCGGGACGGCGAGGGCGUGGGCGGUGUGGGCGGCAGCAGCGGACGGCCGGAGCGCAGCAGGCGACGGCAGAAGAUGAAGCACGCCCACGGAUCCCGCGAGGCGCUGCACCCCAGGAAGGUUGCCAAGGAGGAGGCAAAGUUUAGCGACACGAUGGAGCGGCUGAUGCGGCUGGUGGUGGCACAGGGCGAGACCAUCCAGACGCAGCUGCGUCGCCUGCAGGAGCGGGAAAACCAGAUCGAACAGUACGAGCAGCAGAUGCAUCUACUUCGGGUACAGAACCUGGGCACCGACUACCUGUUGCACUCCUACCUCAAGGACGACAGCUGCGAGGCCAAGGACGAGCCAGGCAGCGAGGAGAAGAGUAACGAUUCUGGCGUUGUGACGGAGGAACUGCCAGAGCCGCCUGCGUGCCCCAGGUUGGAGCCAGAGGCGCCCAAGGAGCCAGCGGCCGCUCGUCCUGCCACUGAGGACAUCGAUGACGCCUUCGCCAUCCUGACCAAGAUUGAGGAGGUGAACACGCGUCUCCUGCACGAGGAAGAAGCGUUGUCCGGUAUGUCUGGCGCCGUGGAGGCCGCGCGCGAGCAACACCGGGACGAGGAGGAGCUACUGAGGCAGGAACUGUCCUGUGUGGCGCAUGUGCACGCUCAACUAGUGGCAGACGCACGCCAGAACGAGCAGACGCUGAGGGAGACGGAGGUGGUGCUGUGGCAGCAGCGCAAACAGCUGGAGAUGUUGCUGAUCGAGGACACGGAAAGUGACCUGGAGACCAAGGCGCUGCGGGAACAUUUGGACUACAUCAUCCACCUGCCGCCCACCGCCUUCUUGCUGCCUGAGGAGGACGACUGUCUGGUGGUCACCACGGCGGAGGGUGUCCUGCCGCCCACCAUCACAAUCGCCCCCGACGCCACCGCCGUCACCAGAAUACCAUCGCUGUCUGUCUACGAUACCGACACUCGAGGCCCUCUCAGACACGCCGCUGCCGCCAGUGGCAAGGUGUGCACACCCGAGACGGACCUGCCUCCGCCCCUUCCGGCUUGCCCGCCACCCAACACAGAGGAGGAGGACGACGAUCGGGACUCCGGCAACACCAGCAGCCUGUGCGUCAGCUCCCGCUCCAGCACGUCCUCCGAGGCCUCCACGGGCAGUGCGGGCGGUGGCAUCACCUCCAAGCCCACCAAACACCCGCCCUCAGGCAAGCCCUGCACGGCGGCCUCCUCCUCCACCCCCUCCCACGCGGCGCCGCCUGCCAAACACGGAGAGGCUGCGGGGAAGGACACAGACUCUACGGACUCCAACUCCGACACAGGCCUCAGUUCCCUGCACAGUAGCAGCGACGAGGCUGCCUACGCCCUCGAUACCCUCGUCUAGUGUGUGUGUGUGUGUGUGUGUGUGUGUGUGUGUGUGUGUGUGUGUGUGUGUGUGUGGGGCGAGGCGGGAGCGUGGGGCGUGAGCGGUGCAGUGUUCCCAAGCAUUAUCGUCUCAGUCUUAGUGAUCUCAUUUGGAGGGCGAGGAGUUAAUGAGUGAGUGACGCAGGGAGGAGGAGGAGGAGGAGGACACUCGUGACCAGUCAAUCAAACAUGCACUCAGUGGGCUUAGCGAUGGACUUAUUGGAUGGAAAGCAAAAAAGAAGAAAAAAAAACAAUUGAUGGAGGAGGAGGAGGAGGAGGCCGGUGUGAGGCUGACGAAGAAGAGACUCGUAGCCUUUUUUUUUUGAACUGCAAAGAUUAUAAUUAUGUAUAGAAAGAAAGAUAUAGAGUUCAGAGAUUAUAUAUAUUACAAAGUGUGUGUGUGUGUGUGUGUGUGUGUGUGUGUGUGUGUGUGUGUGUGUGUGUGUGUGUGUGUUUGUUUUGUGUGUGUGUGUUCUCCAUAUCCGGUGCCUUGUGUGCGGCUGCGGAGACAUGGCAGAAAGUCUCUUCCUUCCUUCAUUCCUUCUCUUUCAUACCUCCUCCCCUUCCUCGUUUAUUUUACUUUGUUAGCUUCUCUUCCCUCCUUUUCUCAUUAUCUUUCAUUUCACCAAUCAUUUUUAUUUGUUCCUGUCCUUCCCAUCCCUCUCUUUUCUCUCCUUAAUUUCUCUAGUCUGCAUGCCUUUCUUUUCUCUUCUCUUCUUUCUCUCUUUUUAUCUUACCUCCUUUUCUUCUUCCUUGUCACCAUAACUCGUCUUAGACGUCAAAAAACUUUCUUGAUCAUUGCAAAAAACAAUUCUUGCAUAAAAAUUUAGCUCAUGUUUUCUUGAUAUUAACACACACACACACACACACACACACACACACACACACACACACACACACACACACACACACGAGGCAAGGCGAACAAGCUAGAAAAGAAAGGAAAGGAGAAAAGAGGGAAAAAUCAGACAACCCUUUCUUUUUGUCUUCUUCUUCUUCUUCUUCUUCUUCUUCUUCUUCUUCUUGAGUCGUCUAGUGGCACUGCCUCGGCUUGGCCUUGGUGUCAAGUGGGCGGGAGGACAGUGUCGCUGGCGGGGGCGUGGUCUGAGGAGAGUGGGUGUAGCGGUGAGUGAUAAAGGGAGAGUUCAA